GAGAGGUUGUGAGAGAGUUAGGCGUAGUCAUUGAGAGCUGUAAGGAAGUUGAUCUGGUCGGUUCCCACACUGGAGGUUUCCCUCAUGCUCAGAGAUGGACGCGUGUGUUUUUUCACUCCUCACUAUACUGUGUGUGGGAUUGUUUGGGGAAUCAGCGCAUGCAGAGCAUAAAAGAUAAAGUUUGCUAAAGCACACAUAUUCCGAGCACAACAAAGUUUGCAAUAACUGAAAAGAAAGCAGGCAUAUUCCAGUGCAACUCCUGCAGGAUAACCAAAGCAAGAAGCAAUGCAAACUGGGAAAUCUCCACCCCCUGUGAAAUGGAUACAUUUCGCGCAGUUUCUGCUGUUUGCUGACUGGCUUUUGUCUCUGCUGCCUGUGAAGAGAAGAGUGCACGCACGAGUUGGAUCACUUAACAAAAGCAACAUAUGAAAGUGCACAUGCAAAAUUAUUGCAAGAGGAACGUAGACAUACUGACGUAAGCACAGAGCCUGAGUGUUCGGACGGUAUGGGCCGGGGGAAGCGAAAAAAGCGGCCAGUUGUCAUGUCCAGCGAAGAUGAGGAGAAUGAUGACAUCCAUCCUCUUCCUCCUCCACCCGGGGCUCUGCGAACGCCUCCACCUCUUCCUCCUCCACCCGGGGCUCUGCGAACGCCUCCACCUCUUCCUCCUCCACCCGGGGCUCUGCGAACGCCUGCAGAGACGCCUGCAGCUGCCGAGUCUUUCAUCCCAAGACAAAAUAUUCGGGAUGGCAUGUUUCAGCAUAUUUUGAGACUACUGGAGGACCUGAAAGACGCUCAAGUGGAACAUGGGAGAAUUCUCCAGGCCCUCGUGCAAAAUCGUCAAAACAUGCCUGACCUAAUUCGCACCACUCCUGAAGGUUUCCCCCUAAAGACAAUUACUGAUCUAAUGUCCAUGGAGGAGAAACUGCAAGACCCCACCUUCAUGGCAGAACUGAUUGCAGCUGUGGCUGACAUUGGAGGGGCCACUGUUGACGGGGCCACCCGCCGUAUGAUGGCCUUCCUCCUUGAACACAAGUUUUCAAGAGGGUUCAACUUCUUGGGAAGAAAUAGCAAGAGGGGCUUCAAGCCCCUCAAGCUGUUUGAAGUCGUUUUAUGGAGCCUUGAAGAAGAACACGAUGACUCGUACCAUCACAAGGAAGGAUGCGGAGAAGGCAGUCCCCAAAUGGCUCAUUAGGGCUAGGGACGGGGGGGGAAUAGACAGGCCCGUCAGGCCAGAGUAGCAGCUCCUCCAGAAAUGCCAAUCAUGUAUUUUGUUGUGGAGUUCCUUGACAACUCUGUUGGGAUUGUAAGCAACAGCUGGACUAAUGGUGACAAUUCGAUGACCUUCUGGCCACCUUAUGCAGAUCCAAAUAAAUUUAAAGUGGCUCUAUUAACACAUGCAGUCCCUGGACCAGCGUGGACCACCCACACCAUCACAGUUUUGGGCACUGCAGAUGACUAUGAAAAGGCGAGAAAAAAGGCCAAAAUGGCAGAAACACAUUUAGCUGUCGCCAGUGAGCCUGAGGAGUUGGAGAGAUGCCAGCGUUCAAGACAACCAACGAAACGUUACAUCACCCUGCCUGAGCCUGGACCAAGUAGACCAUUGCCACCAGUUCCACCAGCAGCGAUGAACCUGACUCUUAUGAGCCCACCCCCACCACCUUCACCAGUGAGGCAGCCAUCAUUGUCCUCAUCAAGUUCACACUCAGGCCAAGCCCAUCACAUGGACACCCAGCUGUUGAGCCCACCUCAACCCCUCCCAAUUCACCCCCCUUUGAGGCAGCCAUCAUCAUCCUCAAGAAAUCCAUCUGAACAAGUGGACGACCAACUUAGUCCACCCCUCCCUAUUUACCCACCUGCAAGGCAGCCAUCAUUAUCCUCAGGCCUUGAGAGAUAUUUGGUCUCUACGCUGGAGGAGAUUAAGGAUAGGCUGUCUGCAUUGGAGCGGACGGUGACAAUGUUGGCCAGAUCAGGCAGCAACAAACACGCAAAGCUGCCAGACAACUUGGAGCUACCUCUCCAGAACUUCCAGGACCUCAAUGGACUGGAGGAAAAACUGGAGGACAGCCCCUACCAAAAAGAAUUGACUGCUUAUCUGGGGACAAUUGGUGGUGCCACUGUCCAGGCCACAACCAGGAGGGUCCUGGCCACCGUUUUCGGCCAUUCAUUGGCCAUGACCAUCAAUUGGAAUGGGUGCAAUGACAAAAGGGCAUUCCGGGACCUAAAAUUAAAGAGGGUAGUUGUAGAUGCUGUUAGGAGAGGCUCAAUGGACUCCCCACCAGCAGCACAGAUUGAGGACGAGGUGAAGGUGUGGUUCCGGAAUGCCCGAGAUAGGGCGGGUGGCCGUAGGCAGCGGUACAUUCGAGUUGCAGCACAGGACGUUUAAUGUGUGUGUGUCUGUGUGUGUGUGUGUGUGUGUGUGUGUGUGUGUGUGCGCGCGCGCGCGCGUGUGUGUGUGUGUUGUUAGUGGUGGAAGAUAUUCUUUACUUUUGAAUGACAACCUCACUGGGAUGUUAACCUAUAUACGCACCUGUCAAUUUACAGAGGUGUGCAAAAGCGUUUGAUGAACUGUAUGUAUUUGUUCAAAUUUAUUUAUUUAUUUAUUUAUUCAUUUAUUUAUUUAUGUGAAAUUAUUUAUUAAAACUUGGACUCUGAAA